CCGAAACAUAGUGUAAAGUAAAUAAUAGCGUAUAGGUGUAUUUGAAACCAGGUGACAAUGCUGCAGCAAAUCAAGAUGCUGGUGCUGGGCAUCAUCACGCUGUGCCGCCGUGCCCUCUGCUGCUUCUCGCGGCGCCGGAAGCUGAGCCACAGCGGCGGCUCCUCCGCCGGAUCCGGUGACCUGCAGGCGGUGAACGUGAUUGUGGAGCGGGGCGACUUCUCCGCCGGCGGAAAUCCCACCAGCGGCAGGUCGACGGGGCCGAGGGAGCGGGACUGGAACUCCUGGGACGACAGUCCGCGGACCGUCGAGGAGCACAUCGAGCAGUAUCGCCAGCGGAUGGCCCAGCCGCCUACGCCGCCCAAGGAGGAACCCGAGCCGGAUUUCUUCAGUGAGCUCACGCCCACCAUAAAGCCGCAGAUGAAGUUCUACCUGGAGGAUCCAUCGGCGAGUGCGGCGGCCAGUCAGCCAAGUGACUUUUCAAGACUGCAGGCCCAGGACUUGGUGCCCAUUAGCAAUAACGCCGAUCUCGAGGACUGGGUGGACGACAAUGCCGGCGGCUGGGAGGAGCUGGACACCUCGCAGACCAAGCAGAUUCUGCGGGAGAAGCGACGCGAGUUGCGCCACCAGCGACAGCCGGCCGUCCGCCCGGCCCCGCCCACCGUGGGCGCCCAGCGGCUGAGCGACGGACAGCGAGCGGCGUAGUUGUCGACCCCCAA